GACUGUCUUAAAGAGGGAAAGAAAAUAAGACAGCCAGCCACUAAGAAACGAAGCUUCUCUCUCCUUCGUUAUAGGGUUUACGAAUAACCUCGAUUUCAAUUGUCUUCUUUUGAUAUAUCUCCGGCAAUAAGCUUCACCGUUUCAUUCCAUCCUAGAGAGCGGAGCUCCCUUCAUUUGUCUGGUUUUGGCUCAGAUCGACUACCGGGUAUCUCAUCUUGGGUUGGUGGUGACAUGGGUGAUUUUCCAAUCCAAAUUAGCACCAGGCUUAUCGACCGACUAACUGAAGAUGAUGAGAAGGUGAAGAAAAGAACAAAGAAAACUAAAACCAGGGUGCCACGAGAGCCUCGACUGCCAGAAACUAAGGUAGAUCAGCCGCAAAUAUCUGAUGAUUCUGAACAACAGAAAGGGACUAGUACAGGCACUGGAUGGGCUGUUCCGCCUCCCUUGUUUAUGCCCGUAAACCAACUUCCUUACUCUGUCAGUGCAGAAUUGGAUGCAAUUCGAUCUGUCGUUAAAGAGAGCGAGAACGUAGUAGAAAAGCUGCGGAAGCAGGAAAAGAACAUGGUGCAGGAAGCAACACAAAAAGCCAAGGAUCUUCAUGAUAAGGAGUUCAAGAUACCAGAACCAAAGCCUAUGCCUUGUUCGGUUGAGAGUAAUGCUUGGAUGACAUGCUACAAGGAGAAUACUAAUGACCUUACUAAAUGCGCUCCUCUGGCGCAAAAUUUUGCAGAAUGUGCUCGCCGAGUCAGGCAGCUUGCAAAACCAGCUGAUAAGUAGUCUUUGAUAGGGGCAAAUUUUCAAGUCAUAGAAGGAGUGCAAGCCACUUGCCAUUGCAAAUAAAACAGCAGACGAAAAAAUCUACCAAUUUGUUUUAACACCCUUGUAGGGUUACAGUUUGUGCCAUUUUGGCAUCUUUCGUCUCAUACUUUUUGUUAACAUCUUCUACUUCUCCCUAAAGGCUUUGUUUUGUUACUUAA